AUGGCUCAACGACAAGAACCAGAGCUCCCUACUGAGAAAGUGCAGUCGCCAGAGGUUAAGGACCUAGGCUCAGUUAAUAAGAAAGAGGUCGACUCUUCUGACGAGUCUCAAUAUGACUUUGAAUCCGCCGAGUUCAAAAACAUCCCCGAGUUGGUGCGGACUGUCGUUAGCUUCGAGGACGACCCUUCGCUUCCAGUCCUGACUUUUCGUUCGAUACUGCUCUCGGCGAUAUUCUGCACAAUUGGUAGUAUUGUGUCUCAGCUGUCCUACUUCCGCACGACGUAUGCGCCAUUCCCAGUCUUCUUUGUGAUUCUAGCAUCCGAUCCCCUUGGUCGCUUUCUCGCACGCAUUCUACCAGCCUACAAGGUACCGCUGGGGAGAUUCUCCUUCUCUCUGAAUCCGGGGCCAUGGUCGCCCAAGGAGCACGCAAUUGUUGGUAUUGCCGCCAAUGCUGGAAGUCAAGGUCAAUGGGCUACGUUUCUGCCCACAAACGCUGCCUUAUACUAUGAUAUAACCAUGAACCCAGCAGUCGCUUUAUUCUUUGGAUGGGGUGCUUCCCUGCUUGGCUUUGCAUUUGCUGCAAUGGUCCGGUCACUCCUGAUAGACGACCCCGAAUUCAUGUUCCCCUUGUCCCUGCAGCAAGUGACACUCUACCGAAGUAUGGAUGCCAGAAACAGAUCCGAGCAGAAAAGGGCCAGGGAUCAGAUGAAGACGUUUUGGAUUCUGCUCCUGGCUACGUUUGUUUGGCAGUUCCUACCAGAAUAUCUCUUCCCCUUCGUGGCAUCUCUGGCUCCGCUGUGCUGGUUUGCAAGCCGCAACCAUACAGUCAACUUCAUCGGGGCUGGUCGUGGAGGCAUGGGACUGCUCAACAUAACCCUCAAUUGGUCCAACAUCACGUCAACUGUUGUCACGUACCCGUACAGUGUGCAAGUCAUUAUCUUUCUGGCCUUUGUAUUGACGUGCUGGAUUCUAAUUCCUAUUGCGUAUUUCGGAAAACUUUGGGGCUCGCCGACUUACGAUAUCAUGUCUAAUGAAGUAUUCCAGAAGAACGGGUCGACGUAUCCGUUGAAUGAACUGAUCUACCUUGACUCUAACGGCAUGCAGCACGUCAACGAGACCAGGUACGAGGAAGUAGGGCUUGCCUACUCGGGGGCUCAAUAUACAUGGCAGAUCUUCAUGUGGAUGGCCUCGUAUAUGUCUUCCUACGUUUGGUGUGCUCUGUUUCUGGGUCCUAAAAUCUACAAGCAAUGGAAGGCCAGAAAGCAGUCUGGUGCCUUUCAUCAGGACAGAUUGAGCCGAAUCAUCCAACAGUAUCCUGGUAUGACAAAAUGGGAGUGGGUUGCGCUCACUCUGGUGCCGUUUUUUAUGCUUCUUGGGGUAGUCGUCUCCAAGGCCAUCUACAUGCCCAUCUGGACGUACUUUAUAGCACUGGGCUUCGGCGCUGCAGCAAUGUUGCCAAUGAGUUUCGUGUAUGCCCUGUCUGGCUUCUCCGUCAAAGUCGGCUUCUUCAACGAGCUUAUAUAUGGAUAUAUGAUUGACGUCAAAGGCUCAUCCCGACAUCCUUUGGGCCAACUUGCGUAUCGAAUUAUCUCUGGCAACGUAUGGUACGACGCUAGGAUCGUGCUAGAGGACCAAAAGAUCGGCCACUACCUCCACAUCCCCCCUCGUCAGGUCAUCGGCAUCCAAAUAAUCGCCAACGUGCUCGCCCUCCCCAUCAACUACGGCGUGAUGCGGUGGGUCAUCGCCAGCAAAUUCGACUACGUCAGCGGCCGCAAGCCCGACCCCCUAGGCCAAUGGACCGGGCAAGAAUUCCAAUCCUACAACACAGCAGGGAUCCAGUUUGCCCUCGUCGGGCCCCGAAAGCUCUUCGCCUCGGCCUUCUUCAAGCCCAUCCUAUGGGGGUUUCUCGCCGGCGCACUCGCCCCCUGCCUGAUGUGGAUUCUACACAAGAAAUUCCCGCGCGCGCGGUUCGAUCUGUGGAAUACAACGAUCUUCUUUGCGUCUGCGGCUGUCUUCUACGGGAAUCUGAGCACGGGGCCCUUUACGACGUUUCUUGUGGGCACGUUCACGAAUUUCUUCCUGUAUCGGUAUCGGAGGGUUUUUUGGAAUAAGUGGGCUUAUAUCAGUGGGGCGGCGCUGGAUACGGGGUUUAAUGCAAAUCUGCUGUUUAUCUUUAUCUUUUUGGGGACGACGGGGGCCAAGAUGGUGCAUUGGUGGGGGAAUAAUGCGGAUAGUGUCGAGAGGUGUUUUGCGCUGUAG